AUGCUUGCGAGAUCUCGGAUUAUGGAUUGGAUCGACAAAAGUGCAAUGAGGUUUCCAUUAAUUGUCCAGGAAAUCUGGGUCACCAUUCCGCCUCUUGAGACCGAGCUUCGAGACGCCAUAAUUAAGUCAAUUUCAUGCCACGCGCAGGAGUUUCUCACUUACGACGAAAGUAUGGUGAUCAUGACUGAUCUACCAGAUAUUACCAUUGCAGUGCUGAAGAAAAUUGCCGAGGAAAAUUGUUCACUCAAACUCAAGCUUCAACAACAGCAAAAAAGGAAUGGGCUGCCUCGAUGGUGA